GACGCGCUCCUCCAAACGACUCGACUUGAUCGACGGCAAUAUCUUACGCUUAUCUAUUGAAAUCGCGUCGCGUUUAUCGCUCUAUAAACCGUGCUCGCAAGCUUAGAUCCGUUCAUAAAGUGCGGCUACCAAUAAAAUAAUAAAAAACAAUAUUUGAAACAUAUUUUCAGCAGUGUUUUGUGCUCAAAGUGUUUAACCCGAGACUAUAGGGAUUACGUAUUGCUGUGCCGACAAACUGCGUCGGGAAACAGAUUUAAAGCUAUCAGACAUGACCACAUCGCAUAUAUUGUCCGCCGUGGAUCCGACAACAGCUUUGAAUGGGAAUGUGUCGGCCAAUGGGGCUGGCAAUGUGGCAGCUGGCAACAGCUCGCCGGCGGCACAGCAAGCCACGCAUAAUGGACACGCGCUAAACAGUGGACUUUCAAUGGCGACUGGUGGGGGACGAGAUGGUGGUCAUCGCAUUGCGGGCGGUGCGGCCAGUCCGAAUGAAUUGGAUCGCAAUUUGCGCGUUUCGCUGGAUGAUCGUGAGCUUUGGCUGCGUUUUCAGAAUUUGACCAACGAGAUGAUCGUCACCAAGAAUGGCAGACGCAUGUUUCCGGUGGUGAAAAUCAGCGCCUCUGGCCUGGAUCCGGCGGCCAUGUAUACGGUGCUCUUGGAGUUUGUGCAGGUGGACUCGCACCGCUGGAAAUACGUGAAUGGAGAAUGGGUGCCUGGUGGCAAGGCCGAGGUGCCGCCUUCGAAUCCAAUAUAUGUGCAUCCAGAGUCGCCCAACUUUGGUGCACACUGGAUGAAGGAGCCCAUUUCGUUUGCCAAGGUUAAGCUCACCAACAAGACCAAUGGCAAUGGCCAGAUCAUGCUGAAUUCGCUGCACAAGUAUGAGCCGCGCGUGCAUUUGGUGCGCGUGGGCUCGGAGCAGCGCCAUGUGGUUACAUAUCCGUUUCCAGAGACGCAGUUCAUUGCAGUGACCGCUUACCAGAACGAGGAGGUCACUUCGCUGAAGAUCAAGUACAAUCCCUUUGCCAAAGCCUUUCUCGAUGCCAAGGAGCGACCGGACACGCUCUAUCCACACGACACGCACUACGGCUGGCUCAUACCGCCGCCCACGCACUACACCAGCGCUGCAGCAGUGCAGGCAGCUGCUGCCCCCGCUCCACCACCACCAGCAGCAGCGGCGCUGGCGUCCAGCACAAGCAGCAUGUCGAGCGGCGGCUGUGAUCGCUAUGGGCGCUCCUUAUGUCCAUCCACACGCAGUGCGUCUGCCAAUCGCAGCACGCCGUAUAGUCGCCCACGCGUAGCCUCCGGCUCUGGCUCAGGCUCUAAUGGCAGCGUUGGCAAUGUAUCCUCUUCCUCGCCGCAGCCGCCGUCGGCGCCACAAACCCCCACCAGUCUGCAGUCGUCCAUUUGCUCCAGUGCCGGCACUAGCGUAUGCAGCUCCAGCCUAAGCAGCGCCAGCUGCUACACCAGUUCCUAUGCGCAGUCAAGUUUUGUGCCCGUCGAGAGCAGCUCCACAGCCUCGACGGUCUUCUCUUAUCCCAGCAGCUGGCAGACGAGCAACAGCAACUACUGGAGCUCCACAAGCGUGCCGGCAGCCGUGCCCACAACUGUCUGCAGCAGCCGUAAUAUGUCUACCCACAACUCGCCAUCGCCCACAAACGGUUCACCCAGCUAUACCACACCCUCGCCCGGCUAUACUAUACACCAUCUGACACCGCAUAGCCAUCAGCAUCAGUACAAUCUGACGCAGUCGGAGCUGUACGGCACCGGAGCCGGUGCCUCCAGCUCGCUGCAGACUUAUGGCGCGCACACUACGCAUCAGGUGUACCAUCCCACGCCCACUUCGCCCACUCAUCAGCUCUACACCAAUAUGCUGAAUGCACCCUCAGCGCUUAGCUACAGCGCCAGCGGCUGGCACAAUGGCUCAGGCAGCGAGUACGGCUUGUACCAGAAUGCAGCAGCGGCGGCCGCUUAUUAUCAGCCGGAGUACAUACCACUGGAGAUUGGCUAUGCCAGCCACGCCCAUCCGCUGGAGCCUGUGGACGUCACCAAGUCACUGGAGGACACACAGUACAAGUCAACCGAGCAGGUGCACAGCUCUGUCAUUACCCUAGAGUGCGCCAACGCCAACGCCAACGCGGGCCUCAAGUCUACCCAGAAUCACAACGACAUCAAGCUGGAGUCAUUAGAGCACAGCGUCGAGCCCGUCGCCGUGCCCAUGCUGAGCGCAGUGCCCACUUCUGUGGUAACAGCCGUUAGCGCCGACACCUGGACUCCACUCACGCCCCCGCAAAGUACGCUGCAAUGAGUUCGUUACGUCUCUCCAUUCCGUCACAGCCUUUAGACGCAACACUACCCCUAGCUAACUACUACGCUAAUAUUGCAUUAUCUAAACGGAAUUAGUUUUAGUCAAGUCUCAAUAUGCUAAAUAUACCUUUAUUAUAGCAAAUGUUUUCGCGUAAGCUUGUAGUA